CUGGACGACGCCUGCAUCAGCAACCCGUGUCAGAAAGGCUCCAACUGCGACACCAACCCGGUCAACGGCAAGGCCAUCUGCACCUGCCCCCCCGGGUACACCGGCACCGCCUGCAGCCUGGACAUAGACGAGUGCUCGCUGGGAGCCAACCCCUGUGAGCACGGCGGGCGCUGCCUGAACACCAAAGGCUCGUUCCAGUGCAGGUGUCUCCAGGGUUACGAGGGCCCGCGGUGCGAGAUGGACGUGAACGAGUGCAUGUCCAGCCCCUGCCACAACGACGCCACCUGCCUGGACCAGAUCGGAGGCUUCCACUGCAUCUGCAUGCCGGGCUUCACCGGUCAGCACUGCGAGCACAACGUGGACGACUGUCCCGGCCACAGCUGUCAGAACGGCGGCGUCUGCGUGGACGGGGUCAACACCUACAACUGCCAGUGCCCCCCCCACUACACAGGCCAGUUCUGCACGGAGAACGUGGACGAGUGUGAGCUGAUGCCCAACGCCUGUCAGAACGGCGGCACCUGCCACGACACGCACGGCGGGUUCCACUGCGUGUGCGUGAACGGCUGGACGGGCGCCGACUGCAGCGAGAACAUCGACGACUGCGCCAGCGCCGCCUGUUACCAUGGCGCCACCUGCCACGACCGCGUCGCCUCCUUCUUCUGCGAGUGCCCCCACGGACGCACCGUGUGUUCCUGGUUACCACGGUGUAAACUGCUCCAAGGAGAUAAACGAGUGCCAGUCCCAGCCCUGCCAGAACGGGGGCACCUGCAUCGACCUGAUCAACACCUACAAGUGCUCCUGCCCCCGAGGAACCCAGGGUGCCCGGCGGACUUCGUGGGCAGCCGGUGCCAGCACGCCAACCCGUGCCGCUCCUCGCCGUGCCACAACGGCGGCGAGUGCCGGGCCGUCGCCCACGGCAACGGCGCCGACUUCCGCUGCCUGUGCCGGCUGGGCUUUACGGACCGGCUGUGCCUGACCCCCGCCAACCACGCCUGCCUGGCCGCGCCCUGCCGCAACGGGGGCACCUGCGACCUCCUCACGCUCGCCCUCUUCCGCUGCCACUGCCCCCCCGGCUGGACAGGUAAAACCUGCCAGACGCCUAACCCGUGCGCCUCCCACCCGUGUGCUAACGGGGGCCAGUGCUCGGCCUCGGCCCUGGACCCGGGCUACCGCUGCUCCUGCCCCCCCGGCUUCAGCGGCCACACCUGCAAGCAGGACGUGAACGAGUGCGCGCAGAGCCCCCCCCCCUGCCUGAACGGGGGGGGGUGCGUGAACGAGGUGGGGUCCUACCGCUGCCGCUGCCCCCCCGCCUUCGCGGGCCGCCACUGCGAGGCGCCCUACUCGCCCUGCGCCCCCCCGCCCUGCACCAACGGGGGCACCUGCGUCCAGAAGGGGGACGCCCACUACGACUGCAGCUGCCUGCCAGGGAAACAGCCUCUUAUCCCUCUGCUCUGA